UGAAUGAAUGAAUGAAGGUUAUAAUGUAUUAAUUCCCUUCCCCCUAAUGUUAGAGUCCGCCAGCUUUACUGUGUUUGAAAAGAAUCUUAAGCUUUGGUUAAAAUCAGUACAAACGUGUAAUCACAAAUAAAUGUCCUUGCUUUAAUAUUUCGCACAUACUUUAGAUUUCACUCAGGGUUUUGGUUUUAUUUUUAUUCAGAGUAGUUACUAUAUUUUUCUUAGUCAGGAGCAGCCUAGGGUUCUGGAUGGAAUCAGUCUAGGUGCAACGUGACCGUAGACUGUGUGUUAUUUAUAUUUGUUGCCACUGAAUAGGCCAGAUUGAUUUUUAUAGCUGUUGUCAUAGUUUGGCUCAGAUUGUUAUUCAUUGAUGUUUCAGGUCAGAUUACUAUUUAUAUGUAUUGUUGCUGAAUAGAUGAAAUCCAUAUUUAUUAUGUUGUUGUCAUAUAGGCCAGAUUGCUAUUUAUAUCCACUGUUUUGAAUAGAUCAGAUUGUAUUUAUAACAUUUGAGAUUGGUUUUCUGAUGUAUUGUCAUGUUUUUAUUUUGUCUUGAUUGUUCUUUGUCUGCCUGUCCAACAGUUUUUUAUGUAUUGUUAUGUUUUUACUUCUGGAUUAAUUGUAGUUUGUUUGUCUACCCGGGGAGUGCAGACGCAAAUUAGCUGCCAGCUAACUCUGGUGCAGUUGUAAAAUUGUGCGUUGUCCCUGUCAAAUAAACAAUAAAAUAAAAUAAAUUAAACUAAACUAAAUGUUAAAUGGCCGGGAUGAGAGUUGGCGCCUCCAAGUUGGUCCCCCCGGGUCGGGGAUGAGAUGCCGCCUCAAGUGCAGGAGUUCAAGUAUCUCGGGGUCUUGUUCACGAGUGAGGGUAGGAUGGAGCGGGAGAUUGACAGGCGCAUUGGUGCAGCAUCAGCAGCAAUGCGGACGUUGUACCGGACCGUUGAUGAAGAAGGGGCUGAGCCGGAAGGCAAAGCUCUCAAUUUACCAGUCAAUCUUCGUUCCAACCCUCACCUAUGGCCAUGAAAUGGGUUUCCUCCGUAGGGUGCCUGGGCUCAGCCUUAGAGACAGGGUGAGACGCUCGGACAUCCGGAGGGAGCUCGGAGUAGAGCCGCUGCUCCUUCGCGUCGAAAGGAGCCAGUUGAGGUGGAUCGGGCAUCUGAUUAGGAUUCCUUCUGGGCGCCUUUCUUUGGAGGUUUUCCGGGCACGUCCAACUGGGAGGAGACCCCGGGGUAGACCCAGAACACGCUCGAGGGACUACAUGUCCCAAUCUGGCCUGGGGACGCUUUGGGAUCCCCCAGGAGGAGCUGGAGGGCGUUGCUGGGGAGAAGUGGCCUUCUUAGCUUGCUGCCACCGCGACUCGAGCCCGGAGAAGCGGCUGAUGAUGAGAUGACAAAAAUGAAACGUCCUUUUAAGGUUCGAUUAAAGAAAAAGAAGAGGAAGAAGGGACGAUCUGGAAGCGGAAACAGAAUUGACGUUACACCGGAAUGCGUCCUACACCAGAUCUGACGUCAGAGUUGACGUCUUCGUAUCGUUGGACGUAAACAAAAAUGGCGGACGCCGUACCCGUCGUCUAUUUUGCUGUCAGUAACAUCCCCGCCGCCUUUCGUUCAUCCGACCUUCGAAAUUAUUUCAGUCAGUUUUUAGAAAGCGGAGCUUUUCAGUGUUUUCACUACCGACACCGACCGGAGGUCCUCAGGGAGUCCGACGUUUCCAGGGGGAGUCGUGGAGCUUCACCUUCCGAUGACAACAAGGAGGGCAGCUCGAAAUCCUCUGAGACGACCGGAAGCUCGUCGAAGCAAGCCACGAAAACAUGCUGCUGCGUAGUCUCGGUGCGUUCCAAGGAAGCGGACAGAUUUGUCAGGUUGUACGCUGGGAAUCAGUGGAUUGACUCGAAAGGAAACUGGCUCGCAAGAUGUUGUGUGAUCAAGAGGAUCAAACUCUCCAGUUACAGAGAUGAGCACGUGUUCCCCUACAAAACAAAAUCUGAGCAGAGGCACCGGGUGUCAUUAACAGAACAUUUCACAGAAGCUGACUUGAAAAGCCUGUCGGAGCUAAACCCACCAGCCUUGAUGCAGAAUGGAAAUGUGGGCACACCAGUGAAAGUGUUUCUACAGCUCAUCCAAUCAUGUCGUCUGCCUCCACGCCUCAUCCGCAAGUUGGGCCUCACUUUCCCCAAGACCAGCUCCAACCGCCGUUAUGGCAAUGUGCCCUUUCAAUAUCAUGACACAUACGUGAUACCGGCCACAGAGGACAAUGUCUUCACAGCUGCAGGACAUGAAAUAUCCGGCCCUGGUGAUGUCACCACCGCAUCUUCAGGACCCAAGCAACAAGCGGACUUCCUUGAAGCGGAAGAGACUGAAGACCAGAGGGAGGAAGAAGAGGAUGUGCAGUCAAAUGCAGAUGAUGAUGAUGACCGCUGUGAGGAGUGGGAGCGCCAUGAAGCUUUGCAUGAUGAUGUGACAAGUCAGGAACGUAGCAAGGAGAGACUCUAUGAAGAGGAGAUCGAGCUGAAAUGGGAAAAGGGAGGCUCAGGCCUGGUGUUUUACACUGAUGCUCAGUACUGGCAGGAGGAAGAAGGAGAUUUUGAUGAGCAGACAGCAGAUGAUUGGGAUGUUGAUAUGAGCAUAUACUAUGACAAAGAUGGAGGUGACAUGGACUCCCGUGACUAUGUCCGCAUGCGGUAUGAAAAGAGGCUGAGGGAUGGCCUUGAAAAUAUAUCAGGGCACAAUCCGCCCAUUGGCAGCUUUGAAAAGUUUACAAAGGGCAUAGGCCGCCGUGUCAUGGAGAAACAGGGCUGGAAGGAUGGUGAAGGGCUGGGGAACAGCCAGCUUGGGAUCCCUGAAGCCCUUGAGAAUGAGGGACAGCAUCCCAACUGCAAAAGAGGCUUUGGGUAUCAUGGAGAAAAGCUGAGUUCAUAUGCUGUAAAAAAGCCAAGAACAGAUUUUCAUAUCACCACAGUAUAUGAUAAGCCCAAAGACAUCGAUAAAGGUGAUACCUUAUUGAGACGUCAACCAAACACCAGUAUGAAGUACAGAGGCUGGCAGCCAGGGGGAAGCAUUGGACCACGAAGAUGAUUUUUGUUUUUGUUUUUUGAUAUAGUCGGU